CCUAUUUCUCCAGAACGAUUAUUCUUAACUAUUUUAAUUAAUACCCUGUGUCUUCCCUUGUCUAAUUUGGGAUCUUUCAUGUUGUCUGCAAUACGUUUUCCUUCGUGCUUAACAAGAAAAGUUUUAAUCCCACAUUCCCCUCCCCUCUGGGAACUCUAGCUGUCUCCUCGUGGUGGUGACAGAUGACUGAUUUUAGAUCGGAAUUUUUGGUGGGUAUUUCGCAUCUCUGACUCUGGGUUCUAUAAUCUGUCCACACCAAUUAAGAAGACACCUACCGAAGCAUUCAUGUUAGUGGGUUCCAAUCAAUUACAUGUCAGCUUCACCCAGUCAAUUUUAUCGGAAAGUUCAUCCUGGUUUCCUAACUUCUGCUAGUGAUUCUUAUUCAAGGCUUAAAGUUUAUGGCUUAGUCGGUGAUUCAAAAACCAAGUGCUCUGGCCUCAGUUUCAUUCAUGACUUUUGAGACAAGGCUCUUUCAACUUUUCUUUUUCAUGUAAAAAUGGAAAAGAAACGAAAGAUUGUGGAGUAUAGGGAGAGGCUUGACAAGACACUUUCCUCACCUGAUCUGACAAACGAGGAGGCACUAAAAGCCCUUGUCGAAAGGCAACUACAUUCUUUAGGACAAGAAAUAGAAGGGUAUGAGCACCAGGAGAAAGCAGUGGAAACCAGGGCUGCUGAAGUGUCCAAGUUUCUUGAUAUGUUGAGGAGUGUUUCUGCAGAUGGUAGUGGCAGGUCUAAAACAUUACAAACGGAUUGGAAAUUGAAACAAGAUAAUGAAGAGUUUCGUGUUAUGUAUCGUGAAGGACCAGAGGGAACUCCUUUUCAUACAUUGCUAGCUGAAGGCUACGUUGAUGGGCCUGUAGAUGUUUGUUUAUGUAUGUCAUGGGAGACGCCCCUGUACAAGAAAUGGUGGCCUCAGUUUACUGUUCCCACUUUCAAAAUCCUGGUGAGUGACUGUUUGCAGAGGGCCCGGAUUGGGGAACAAUUAUCUCUAGUAAGGGUGAAGCUUUCAUGGCCACUUUCCACAAGGGAGGCUGUCAUGCACUAUUAUCUGUUUGAGUACUUCCAGGAUGACUUAAUUGUUGUUAUUAUAAAUACGAUUCCUGAUUCAAAGAGCUUUGAUGGGCUCCUUUAUGGCUUCAACAAUGAAGCAAUUCCUGAAGCGACGGAUGUGGUUAGAAUUGAUGUUGUGGGAGGCUUUGCUUUGCAAAAGGUGACAUCAGAAAGAAGUUAUUUUCGGACGAUAGCAAACAUGGAUAUAAAGUUGGAUAUUGUACCUCCAUCACUUAUCAACUUCAUCUCAAGACAGCUCAUUGGCAGUGGUUUCAGACUCUAUCAGAAGUCAGUGGCUUCAAUGAUGGACCAUGAUGAAGCAUUUAUUAAAGCCUUGGAGGAGCCAUUGUAUUCGAGACUUCGUGAAGCGCUAUACGUUAUUGACGGGUCGAGGAAGGCUGUGGAUGCUGGAGAGCUUAAGCAAGGUGUAAACAUUCUCCCAGCUGAAGAUGUUACUGAGAGCAAGCAAGAUGAGACAAAAGAUGUGCCUUGGGAGGAGGAUAAGGGCAACUAUCAGGCAGAUGACUCCACAUCAGUGAAUGAAGUAGCACUAGAUAACGGCAAUGCCUAUGGUGAGAUUGUGGAGGCAGAUGGGGAAGAAACUGAGCACACUGAAGAGGAUGACGGGAAAGUAAAAUAUUUUCCAAUUAAGGAAGAUAAUAUGAGUCAGUUAAAGGGCAAAAGGAAUGUACAUAUCAGAGCAGAGGUAGAGCAGGCUCUCGAAACAUUGGAGAAGGCCAUUUCAGUUGUUAGAGAGUAUGGAUUUCAUUCCAACCAGCCCUCUCCUAGCUUCAACUUCACCUGUGAAAAGGAUGACAAAGUUUAUAUAUAUUCCCGAGAACUUGGUCAGUUUUGUUCCAAAAAGGAGGUUAGUACUGUCAAAGUCCUAGACAAAGAGAUACUGGAGGAAAAUUCUCAAGAGGCACUUCGGAAUAAUCCUGACAUUCACAGUUUAAGGCGUACUGGUACAAAUUCUAAUUUAAAGGAAGUAAACUACAACAAAGUAGUACCAGCUUCUCCAGAGCCAGAGCAGAAUGUUUCAUUCCCUAUAUGUUAUUCGGAAAAUGGGGCAACAGAGAUCCCAACUUUGAACCAAAACACACUGGACAGUGGCAAGCAAUCAGACGCUGUUACAAUCCAAGAUACGUCUUCAGAUCAACCAAAGAAGUCGAGUAGGCUAAAAAAGCAUCAAUACUGUUGUUUUCUGCCUUCAUCGAGUGGAAAACUUCGAUGGCUAAGAGCAGAAGAUAAGAAAAUAGGGUAAUUACUGGCUUAUUGUCAACCUGCUAUUCAAGAAUCUAGUUGAUGCCGGUAUUGUAACAUCAUGGUGGUUAUAUAUGCCACCCAGGUUCUUCCCUUUGUUUUCCUUGAAUAAUAUUUUCCGCUGGAAAUAGUAUCUAUGUAACAUUAGGCUAUUCUUGUUAUCCACAGAGGCAAUAGACUAUUCUUUUGCUGAUCAA